UGCGCUGCGAUGGGACGGGGUUCCCUGGCAACCAGAUACAAGCUGCUGGCCAUGUUGCCCCUCCUCACACAUUCACGAGCGUAAAAACGGGACUUGAACCGGAAACCAAACUUCUUUCUUGAAACUUUUUUCUCCGAGGCAAAAGAGGAAAACGAAGCGACCCUUGGUGUCAGAGACUGCACAGUUCCUUCUUUUCAGCAUUUACGACCUACUGCUGGAAAUGUGUCAGCUGCUCAGCAGCAGGCAACCGUUUCACAGCGUUUCUGAGCAGGACACUGAGGGCGACGUCGUGUGAUUUCUGGGCCACAUAACGGACCCUGCUGCUCUAUCAUGGAAGAUGGUACAAAGGAGGAUCCUGCUCAGCAAAAUAAGCCAAAGUUUCUGAGUAAGGCUGGCUGGGUGAAGAAGGCCCAUGGCCGCCUGCUGACGAGCUACAAAGACCGCUACCUCCAUGUGGAGAAGACCGAGGUUGUGGUGUAUGAAAAUGAGGAUCUGCAGAACUGCCUGGAGCGGCUGGACUUGGAAAACUUUGAAACAUGCCAUGAACUGAAGAGUCCCUUCAAGAAGAAGCACAGACUGGUUUUGAUACGGUCUCCAAAGUCUGGAAACAAGAUCCAUGAUGUGAAGUUCCAGACUCAGACUGUAGAGGAGAAGGAGGCCUGGAUCAAAGCGCUCAGUGAUUGCAUCAACCGAGCUAAAAACAAAGUCUUUGACGAGGUGAAAGUUGAUGAAAGCAGUAAUUUAGAGCAUAUUACCCGAACAAGACCUCAAGGAAACCGCAACCGGCGCCCACCAACCAGGAUCCACAUGAAAGAGGUGGCAGAGGUGUCCUCUGAUGGUCUCCUGCGGUUGGAUCUUAAUCUUGAGGAUGCUGUGAUCCCUAAUGGGACAAAUACUGCUAAAACAGACAGUACUGAAAGUCCUGAAACAGCAGAGAAACAAUCAGUGUUGAGGACAGAUGAGGAGAAGAAAGCCAUCAAACCUCCCAUGCCUCCCACCAAGGAGGCUAAAUCCAGUGUUGUACCUGAGAAUGAGCCUAAUAAACAAGAUGAAGAAGAAAAGGUCAUGAAACCGCCAAUGCCUCCAUCAAAAGAAUCUAAACCCAGUGUUACACCUGGGGAGGUGAUUUUACAAGAUGAAAAUACUGAUGGCAAGAAAAACACAAGCCCACCACCAACACCUCCCAAUAAGCCCAGCUCAGCUGGGUCAUUGAGCAACCCUGUAGAAGUGUUACCAGCCUCACCAAACCACCACCCCCCAACUCCUCCAUCCAAGGACAAGAAGCCUUCGCAAAUGGUUGUGGAGCCCAACCAACAGACACAAGAUACAGCUACUGAACAAAGUGAAGACGAAACAGCAAUGAUCAAUGAUAAGGUAGACCAGUCAGAGGAAACUGUCCAAAAUGGUGAACCCAAAACAACCUCUAACAAACCCAAAGUUCUGCCAGAAGACCUAUCAACUGUCACUCAGCCUAAAGGAUCACACUCCACUGCUUCUGAUACCUCAGCACGUUCUCUUAAAGUAGAGGAGGCUUCACUGCAGAGCGUCCCCUCAGUAGUUGUCUGCACAGACGACCCACUCACUGAGACCCUCAACCUGAGUCCGCUUCUCCACCACCUGCCAGGAGAGAAGAAAAAGAAGGCCGAGGAGAAAUCUGUAGACAGUGGUCAGCACUCUGACGAUGAGAGUGAAGGCUCGGUGAAUGAAGACACGCUGGCAGCUUCCACGGCUGCUCUCCAUGGAAGCCAUGCUGGCCUGGAUGUGUUGGAUGGCACUGAAGAUGAAAGGGAAAUCUCUGUCAACUUAAGGCCAUCAGCCAGUCUUCAGGUUAAACCAGAUGUCACUACCUGUCGGCGCUCAGAGCCUUUCCAGAAACCUCUCAAAUCGUCAAUCAAGGCCAGGUCUACAUCAAUCGGAGAUCUACUGUCUGACUCCCUCGGCUCCGGUCAGCUGAAAACCACCUGCAAAGCUGAAAAUGAAGGGAGCAUAUCACCCUUUCAAAAUUCUGUAACAAAGCUUGAGUCUGAAGUGGCUCUGGAGAUGAAAAAUACGAGUGAGCUCCUCAGUCAGGCUCAGGAGAGAAGUUACGCUGAGGUAAUGCCUGAGGAUCUGCUUGCUAAAGCUCUGGAGAAGCUCCAGAAGGCUGACUGCGUCCUCAGAGAGGUCAAGAAAUUGAAAAUUACAAAGAAGAGGAUGAGCUGGUAAAUAAGUAACAGCCAGUCAUCUAGAAAUUAACUGAUUGGACAGUUAUUCUCUGUUCUACCAGAGAAUAACUGUCACCCAAAACAUUUAAAAAGGGUUAAGUUGGUUUGGGAGCAUAAAACUCUGGUCAAUCUAUGGAACUGAGGUUGACUUGUAUUUUUUGCUGUCAAAUAUUGGUUGACAGUCUUCUGAAGUUGGGUUAAACUCAGUCUACUUCGAUAUGAAAUAAAUAAAGCCUUAUGGAAAAAACAA